GCCCGCGGACCCGGCGCGCCGCCCGCCUCCCGCGCCGCGCCCUCGCCGCCGCCGCCCCGGACGCCCGGCCCGAGCCCCGCGCGCCGCGGGGCCCCGCUCCGGCCGCCCGCGCUCUCUCGCCGCCGCCCGGGCUCGCCGUCCCGAGAGCAGGAACACGGGAACCUACGAGGAAGACCCCUACUCCAUUCAGUAAGAGGAGCCAGCGAGAUUCAUUCCGGACAGCAGAACGGAAGAGAGAACAUUGAUGGCUUUCCCACCGCAGUUUUUAAAGCAUUUGUGAAUACUGGGGAAAGAAUCCGUCCUGAUUCUGAUGCAGCUGAGAAAAAUGCAGACCAUCAAGAAGGAGCAGGCAUCCCUGGAUGCUGGCAGCGGUGUGGACAAGAUGAUGGUGCUGAACUCUGCGCUGACCGAGGUCUCAGAAGACUUGACAGGGGGUGAAGAGCUGCUUCUGAAUGAAGGCAGCGUCGGGAAGAGCAAAUCUUCCGCGUGUCGGAGGAAACGGGAAUUCAUUCCCGAUGAAAAGAAGGAUGCCAUGUAUUGGGAAAAGAGGCGGAAAAAUAACGAAGCCGCGAAGAGGUCUCGGGAGAAACGUCGACUGAAUGACCUGGUUUUGGAGAACAAACUGAUUGCCCUGGGAGAAGAAAACGCCACUUUAAAAGCUGAGCUGCUCUCCCUAAAAUUAAAGUUUGGUUUAAUUAGCUCCACGGCCUAUGCCCAAGAGAUUCAGAAACUCAGUCACUCUACGGCUGUGUACUUCCAAGACUACCAGGCGUCCAAGUCCAGCACUGGCCCCUUUGUGGAUGAGCACGAGCCCUCGAUGGUGACGAGCGGCUGCAUUUCUGUCAUCAAGCACUCCCCGCAGGCCUCCCUGUCCGAUGUUUCCGAAGUGUCCUCGCUGGAACAUUCACAGGAUGGGGCUGUGCGGGGUGGCUGUGGGAGCCCCGAGAGCAAGUUCCAGGCCAUCAAGCAAGAGCCUGUGGAACUGGAGAGCUACGCGAGGGAGCCUGGUGAUGAGCGGGGCGCCUACCGGGCCUCUGUGUAUCAGAACCUCAUGGGGACCGCGUUCCCCAGCUACUCCCACUCUCCCCCUCUGCUGCAGGUCGCCCGGUCCUCCAGCAACUCCCCCAGGACGUCGGAGACAGAUGACGGCGCGGUGGGGAAGUCAUCCGACGGAGAAGAUGAGCAGCAGGUUCCCAAGGGCCCCAUCCAUUCUCCCGUGGAGCUUCAGCGCGGCCACGCCACCACGGUGAAGGUCCCAGAAGUGAACUCCUCCGCCUUGCCGCACAAGCUCCGCAUUAAAGCCAAAGCCAUGCAGAUCAAAGUAGAAGCGUUUGAUCACGAGUUUGACGCCGCACCGAAACCGGCCUCGCCUAUGGACGGGACGCCCAAGAGACCCUUCGAACUCGAGAAGCAUACUGCCCCAAGUAUGGUACACUCUGCCCUCACCCCUUUUUCAGUGCAGGUGACUAAUAUUCAAGAUUGGUCUCUCAAAUCGGAACACUGGCAUCCAAAAGAACUUAAUGGCAAAACUCAGAAUAGCUUCAAAACUGGAGUUGUGGAAAUGCAAGACAGUGGCUACAAAGUGUCUGACCCAGAGAAUUUGUUUCUGAAGCAGGGGAUAGCAAACUUAUCUGCAGAGGUGGUUUCACUGAAGAGACUCAUAGCCACACACCAAAUCUCUGCUUCGGACUCUGGGUGAAUUACUACUGAAAAGCUCUGGGUCUUUAGAAAGCCGUCAUUUGCAAUAGAUGAGUACGUUUUGUAUUAGGCUGAAUUUUCACUGGACCCGUGAUGUCAUUCCACUGUAAUGUUGACACAUUGUCUGCUGGGUGUCUUUUUGUGCACAAAUUAUUAUGGAAAUUAGAUCGUGUUAUCACUCUGCCUUCUGUAUAGUAAAAUAGUCCAUGCAAAGCCUGUAUAUAUUGAACAUUAUUUUUGUUGUUCUAUUAUAAAGCGUGUCAGUUACCAGUUUCAAUAAAGGAUUGGUGACAAACACAGA